AUGGUAGCAUACUGGGACUCCUACCCCAAUUUCGACCACAACGCGCGCGCUCCCCUGCGCACGGAGUUCGAGCGGCUCGCCACGCAGCGCGGGUGGCGGGCGGGCUCGCGGCGCUACCGCAACGAGUGGGCACAGUGCUGCGUCACAGAGUUCGGGCGACACUACGGGCACCACGACCGGCUGGACGGGUGGCAGGCGCUGUGCGUCGAGGUGGGGAUCCGGGACGUCCCGACGUCCAUAACGGCGUGCAAGAAGAUCCUGAACAGGACGUGGGUCAACCUCGUGGACCUCAUCGACUGCCGCAGGACGGGGCAGCGCGUGCAGCGGCACCGAUCGCGCGACGCCCUACGGCAGUACAGCGUCGACAACGACAAGAUAUUCCCGAAGAAGGAGGCGAAGCGGAACGGGUUCUUGAAGGUGCUGUUGAUCCAGAUGUUUUGA